AUGUGGAAGUGUUGGAUUUUACUAUUAUGUUCAACAGGUCUAUCAUUGAGUAGCUCUGCAGUAGGACCGCAGAGCGUAAGUAUAAAUUUACCCGAAAACAAUCAUGUCAAGAAUGAAGUGAAAAAAGAAUUAAGCGUUCGCCGUUUUGCUUGUCCCAUUGGUUUCUUCCGGUUAAAAAGGAACUGUUACUAUUUAAGCGCUGGUAUGGCACCUUGGCGAGAAGCGCAUUUUCAUUGUAAAGAUAGAAAUUCCACCCUGGCUAUUCUUGACAAAAAGGGAAAAAAUCGAAUUCUCAGAAAGUAUUUAAUGGGCGAUCAGUUUACAAAGCUCGAGAGGUGGAUCGGUGGGAUCUACAAUUGGCAACAGAUGACAUGGGAAUGGGGUGUAUCGGGUGAAAAAGUGGUCUUUCAAAAUUUCCACAAUUUAAAUCAAAGCAAUUCAAAGGCAUACGCUUGGCAUUGCAUAGUAUUAGAUCCAGCUAUUAAAUAUAAAUGGAGUCCCCGAAGUUGCGUUAAAAAGAAGCAUUACAUAUGCCAAUUAAAGUUAAAGCUAAACUUUCAUGUUUUAGGACACAGAAGGAAGAAAAUAAAAGAUAAUAAUCUGGUGGAACAGAACCAAAUAACUAAACCGAAGAGGAAAGAGAGAAAAGGAUCGAGAUCAAGACACCCGAGACCAGCUGAUAGAACUCGCCACCAGUUAAACAGAAUUCGCCAACGCGAUGACACACCUAAGAUAACUCAAAGAAUACCACAAGGUUACGAGCAUGGUGCAUUUUUAAGAGAUGGCUCUAUUGAUACCAAUCCUCAAUUCCUGGCAGACUCGCAAUAUCAUAAUAGCUUCAACGACAUAGCUCACGAAGAAGUUUUAAUAAAAACCUGA